AUGAGCGAUGAGAUGGACGCGCACCUGAAGAAACCGCGACGAUGCACGGAUAUUUUGUUCCUCAUCGUAUACGUCGCGUUUUGGAUCGCGAUGUUCGCGCUCGGAUUUUACGGCGUGGGCAAGGGCGACCCCACGGCGCUCGUGUUCGGCGCCGACUUCAACGGCGAGCUGUGCGGUGAGGGGAACAACACCGGGUUCAAGACUCGGUACCUUGUGAACCCACUCGAAGUAAUGUACGCCGCCGGCGCGCUCGAUGGCACGACGAGGAUGGGUAACUACAAUCUGCGUGACGCGAAGAGCUACUGCGUCAAGGAGUGCCCGACGCCGAAGAACACUUCGGGUCAAGUGCAGUGGUUCUGCUCACCUGAUCACGCUUUGGCGGGAACUCGCGAGAACUGGGCGGCCAACGACUACGAUUACUACUCUUCGUUGUCUUCUUCUGAGAAGACAACGUCGCAACAGAUGAAAGGACCGUGCUACCCGGUGCUCGUCAACACCGUCAACACGUUUUUCACGUGCCAGUUCUUUGGUAGCGGCGAUGACCACGCCCUCACCGAAUUGCGCAGCGGGUCUUACGCGUUCACGACGAACGAUACACCUACUGCCGGUUCAUGGCCAGUCGCUUUAACGAGCAUGAACACCGCUGUGCAGACGUUGAGCGAUCAAGUUGAAAAGUUACUCAGCGGUCCGCUCGCGACGGUUGAGCGCUACGUCGACGACUUCACCACCGGUUGGAAAGUACUCGUCGUCGCCGGCGCCGUGUGCCCAAUCGUGCUGAGUGUCCUCUUCCUUUUCUUCAUCCGAUACUUCACUGGCAUCUUCGCGUACACCAUCAUCGUCUGCGUCAACGUGCUCUCCAUCGCGCUCACAAUUUACUUGUUCCUCAAGGCUGGUCUCAUCGGCUCCGACGAGGUCAACGCGUACGUGAGCAAGGUCUCAGAGGGCGCUGCGACGGCCGUGACCAACUACGCUGAUCCGGCGGAAAAUAAUCAACAAGUCCUCAAGGUUUUUGCGUACAUCGCGCUCGCGCUCACCAUCAUUUUCUUCGUCUUCACCCUGAUCAUGCUUCGCCGCGUCAAGGUUGCCGUGGGCGUCAUCAAGGUUGCAACGAGCGCGCUCGGUAAGAUGCCGACGCUCACGCUCUUCCCGAUCACCCCGGCGCUCUUCAUGGUUCUCCUUUUCGUCUACUGGUUAUUCACAUUGGUGUUCCUGUACUCAUCGGGUGACUUGAAAAUGCAAGACUGUUACUUGGACUCGAGCGUUCCACCGCAGAAGUUCUGCGCGUCGACGUCCGACGCCGCCAACUGCCACUGCGGCUACGGCGUAAGUUGGAACCGAAACUUGCAAGGUGCCCUCGCGUACUACGUCUUUGGUUUCUUGUGGGGUUCCCAGUGGCUCCUUGCGAUGAGCUACCUCGUCAUCGCGUGCUGCUUCACGCAGUACUACUUCAAGGGCGGCGCCUACAACUCGGCGUCGAGUUGGCCCAUCGUUGCCGCGACGAAGAGAAUGACGUGGUACCACAGCGGUUCCGCCGCCCUCGGUUCCUUCUUCGUCGCGCUCUUGCAGUUCAUCCGCAUCGUCACGCGCUUCGUCGUGCACCGCUUGAAGAAACUGAACAAGGAUAGCAAGAUAAUAAAGUACGUCGGCUACUACGUCGAGUGCUGCCUGUGGUACUUGCAAAAGUGCAUCGAAUGGUUCAACCGAAAUGCGUACAUCAUGACCGCCAUCGAGGGCACAUCCUUCUGCACCUCGGCCUGGAACGCGCUUGCACUCAUCGUGAAGAACAUCACUUCUAUCGCCACCGUUAGCAUUCUCGGUGACAUCAUGCUCUUCCUUGGCAAGCUCACGGUGUCUCUCGGCUCUGGCGUCAUCGCUUUCUUGAUGCUCGACGCCGACACGUUCAACUACGGCGACGAAAAGGUGAGCUCUCCGCUCUUCAUCGUCAUCGUCGUCGUUCUUUUUGCGUUCCUCAUCGCAAGCGUGUUCAUGUCCCUUGUAGAGCUUGGGAUCGACACCAUCGUAUUGUGCUACUGCAAGGACUGCGAUGACAACGGCGGCACGCCGCUCAACGCGCCACCCGCCCUCGUCAAGGCUCUCGGCGCCUCCAAAAAGAUCGCAAAGAUGCGUCAAGAAGAAGCAGCCGAUCGUGCUGCGCGCGCGGGGCAAUAA